AUGGAUCUACGAGCUGAUCAGGACCACCGUAUGGAUUCAGGAGACCGAGGAUGUCAGGGUACCACAUGGUUUAAGGCAUGGUUCCGUUUUGGGGCUAAUGGCUUUAGGAUUGGUCCACUUGAUAGUUUUGAUAUUCCACUUGCUGUGGUGGAUGCUAUUUUGGAUGAAGCACGUGUCAAUAUCGCUGUGGUUGACCGUAUAGUUACACUUCCCGAGUUCAGAGUCCCGGCGGUCAUGCCGAGCUUUCACAGGGUUGCAUCUGAACUGGUGACGCCGGAUUUCGAAGAUGUGAUUUAUGUUGCAGCUGGGAAGGAUGUGAAAGAGGGCGAAGUGAAGCUUGUUUGGACGGUGCAGCAAUCCAGAGGCAACGUCAAGAUCUGUAUCAUUCAUGUUCUAGUUCUUUCGAAGACGAUCCCCAUGGGCGGCCUGGGUGCUGAGAUCCCCACGAACUUGGCGAACGAGAUCUUAAAUGGGGGUAUAUUUAAUUUCUUCUUCUUCUUCUUGGAUACUUACCUGCACGUUUGUACAGAAAUGGGGGUACCAGCAGAGAAAAAGUACAUAGAAUCGGACAGCGUUCAAAAGGGAAUUGUGGAGCUCAUACGUUUACAUGGGAUCAGAAAGCUUGUAAUGGGUGCAGCAGCAGACAGACGCUAUUUCAGGAAGAUGACAGAAAUCAAGUCCAGGAAAGCCAUCUUCGUUCGCGAUAAAGCUCAUAUCUCUUGUCAAAUUCGGUUUAUCUGCAACAGGCACCUCAUUCAUACUAGGGAAGCUCGAACAGUUGAAGCCAUUGGAGAAGUUCCUACUGAUGCAACAUCACCAACGAGUCCAGCCCUUGGAGCUGGAAAGUCAGUUUUCUUGAAAUCACAAUCCAACACACAGCGAAGUGGUGCGGCAAAGUUGAGCAAUCCAUUUCAAGACCUUAUGAGAAGAGCGUUCUCCUUGAAUGCUGAUCGACAUUCAGCGAGGCCAAUAGCUUCUCCUCCGCCAGAUAGCACUCCUUCUGAUCAGUCCAAUUCGGAGUGCAUGCUGGAGACGCAAGACACUCCCCCAGAACUCACAACAAGCCUUUCCCAUCAUCUGCAGUUGAUUCGGUCGGUCUAUCAUACUGGCCAUUCAUCAUUUUCCAACACUCCGGAUUUGGAUGAAAACGGCAUGCGAGAAGUGCUUGAGGAGGGAGCGAUGACUCAUGCUGAAGAAGAAGUAGGUAUCAUUGAGGGCAGGCGAAAGGAUCCCAGGAAGGUAUAAUGUCAAUAUAAUAACUGGACCGCUUUGCUAUACAUCGACCUGGACCCCUGAAUUAUUUUAAUUUCUGGUAUUAAAAAUGGAAUAUUUCGACUGAUUUUGCUGAAGUCUGUUUGUUGAGGACCCGAACUCCAUGGAAACGACUCAUCCUAAAAUGUAACAGAUAAAUAAAAUGCAUGACAUAACAAACAUGAGAAAGAAAGAUGAUCUAUUAAUUUGUGGCCAAAAAGGGAAAGGAGAUGAUCUAUUGAGUACAGUAUUAUGGGUAAAUUUUCAGUUGGAGGAAGAACUAGAGAAGGUGCAGGAUCACCUAAACAA